AUGCAAGAUAGUUCAUACUUAAGAGUUGUUCCAGAUGCAAUUACGUUUCGGGAUCUCAAACAAGGAGAAUCCGAUACUGUUGAAGUUUGGGCAACAAAUAUUGGCAGAUCUCCCAUUGGAAUUAGAUUUUCAAUUCCACCGGGUUCUCCAUUUGACUUAAUACAAACUCAAUCAGUUAUUACACCUCCUGGACUUGAAGCAAAGGCAUCAAUUAAGUAUACAGCAAAAGAUUUACAAGCAUAUUCAUCUGAAUUAACAAUUAGCUGUUCAAAGUCGAGAAUAACAAUACCUAUUACAGUUUCACCACCAUGUCCUCGUAUUACAUCCGAUGUACAAAAUUUAAAGCUCGGAACUAUUGGCGUUAAUCUUCCGUAUAAAUUUGCGAUUUCGUUAACUAACAUUGGUGUCAAAGAAGGACCAUUUUCACUUAAGAGUGAGUUUGACUCGAUAGAAUUUUUACCGCAAAAUGGCGUAAUUCUACCUAGUAAAUAUCAAGAAAUAUCAGUAACGGUAAAACCUCAACAAGCAGGCGAUUUCAAUUUCCAAAUCGAUGUAGAUUUCAAUGGAGAAUCGGAACCUAUACAACCUAUCAAAGUAAGUGGAACAGCCGUUCCUCAUUCGCUUGCAUUAUACAUAAACGACAAAGAAGUCAAAGAAUUAGAUUUCGGAACAAUCUUUUACGGACAGAAACGUAUAAUAACCGCUACAAUUGUCAACAAUGGACCUGCAAAAAGAUCAUUUGUUGUUCUUGGUUCAAGAGAAGAUGCAGCAGCCACAGGAUCAACAACAUCUAAUGAAGAAGAUCCUAUUGAUCAAAUAUUUUCGGUUAUGCCUUCAGAAGGAAUGCUUGAACCGCAUGGAAAAAUGAAUGUUAACUUUUCUUUUGCACCACCAAGUCCGAAGACACCAAUUAUCGAUGAUAUAGAUCAGUUAUUUACAGCUUAUAAUACAAUUGAAGUUGUUGAAACAGCACAACAUAUUGAAAUUCAAUUAAGUGGAAAAGGAGUUCAUUCUUUUGUCCAAUUAUCAUCAUACGACUUCAUGUUUGAGAAGUGUGAACGUAAUGUUAAGCAGGAAAGAGAAUUAAAGAUAACAAAUAAUUCAAGAUUUUUGCCGUUGAGUUAUAAAGUCAAUCCGAUAGCACAAUAUCGAUUUAAACCACCUUCUGGUACUAUUGAUCCUCAUUCCUCUAAAGUUGUUAAAAUUAUUUUCUUCCCGAAGAAUUAUGGAGAAUUUAAUUUGACAACUAUUGUAAAUUUAGGUGAAGGAUUGAUCAAAAAGGUUAUAAAUCUUAAUGCUGUUUGUGGACAGAUCACAGAUCAUCCUUUCCGAAGAGUUCCGCAAUAUGAAACUAAUGAAAUAGCAAAUUACAACGCUUACCAUCCAGAUACAAGAUUUUCUGAUGGCAUUGAGGGCCUCAGGAGAACAAAGAAGCUCAGAGAAACAUUUGACGGCUACAUUACUGAUUAUGCGAGAAAAAGAGAAGUUAAAACAGCAAUGCAACAGUCAAGAACCAAACUACGUAACCAAGCAAUAUCAUAUUUGCAGUCAACACAAGGUACUUACACUCAAGAAGAUAUUGAUGAGUAUUUACAGACACAAAAGAGAGCUCAAACAGCAAUGAACAGCAUUGGCCUUGAUAUGGAUCCAUAUGAAGACUUAAGUCCUCCAGAUCCAAAGAUCAGAAACACUCCUCUUCCUUCAGAAUUUAAUGAUCCUCUCAAAAGUAUUUACGAUACACAGAAUACAGAUGCUGCAAGUGCAAUUAUGAGGGCAAAGAAAGUCCAAAUGGACGAUAACGUCCUUAUUAAGAAGAAAUUCAAAUCUAAACCAACAACUCCAGCCGAAAUUAAUGAAUGCAGCAGGCCAUUAACACCAGCUCAGCAAUUAAUGGUUGUUGCUUCCCAUCAAAAUAUGAAUUUCGGACAAGUUUCUGUUCAUUCAAAUAUUGCAAAAUCAUUUACAAUCACAAACAACCUCCAACAGCAUAUUUUAGUAACUAUUAACUAUGAACAUGAAGAAUUAUCCAAGAGUACGCCAUCUUCUCAGAUAGUUCUUCCAAAACAAACUGCUGGAUUUGAUAUCCGCUUUUCAAGUCCAAACCAACAGAAUUUCUCCAAGACAAUCCAAUACAGUAUCAAUCACCAUCACACUUACUCCCUUAAUAUCACUGCAAAAGUCGUUCCCAUUGACUUACAAUUAUCUCGUAAUUUAAUUGAGUUCAGAUUCUCACCGGACUCUAUCACGCCAUUCAUCAAAGAGUUCGUGAUCAUCCAGAACAAGUCAAAUGCCGAAGCUUCUUACAUGUGGACAGGCAUGUCUUCUGUUUUUUCACUCAGCCAAUCGAGUGGAACGAUAGAACAUCUGAAAUCUCACAAUAUAGAAAUCACUUAUACUCCUACAACAAAUGCACACGAUGAGACGACAUUGCUGCUUAAUGUUACAGGCGGCUCAAGUCGUUCAUUGAAGUGCAUUGGUGAUAUUGGAGUUCCGAAAUGUUCAUUGAACAAGAAAUUUGUGAAUUUCGGAUUGAUUCCUAUCGGUAUACAGAAGACACAAUCAAUUAAGAUCAAGAAUACAGGCGAUGACGAUGCAAUUUAUACUAUUAGUUAUACGAAUGUCAAUGAAUUGCAAGUUAUUCCUCAAAAUGGUCGAAUUGCAGCUCACGAAAGUCAAACAUUCCAAUUGAGUUUCAAGAGUUUGCAUGCAAAUCCAUUCGAUAUUCCUGUUGUUGUUUCUAUUGCCGGUUCCAAUCCAUUAUCUUUCAAUGUAAUGGGACAAUCUGAAUUACCAAGUGUUCAAUUAUUAAAUAGUGAAUUUGAAUUCGGCCGAUUAUUUGUUGGUUCAUCAAGUUCAAUUGAAGGAUGUAUCCAGAACACAGGUAACAUUCCAGCAAUAUUGUUCUUAGAUCUUUCUAAUCAUCCUGAUUUCAGAAUAGAAUUCUCUACAGAACUCGCUAACGAAAGUGGUGGAGAAAACAAGAAUUCUAUCGCUUUAGUUUCAAAUCCUGUUUUCGUUACUAAAAGCGAACAACAAGGUUUGAUGUCUAGAGCAGGCUCACAAGUCAGUUUUGCUGAAACAGCAACUGAUGAAACAACAGUUGAUGAUGCAGCAAAUGGUCCAGGAUUGGUCUACAAGUUCUAUUUGGUUGAAGGAACACAAAUUAAAUUUAAUUUAGUUUUCCAACCAACAGAACCAAUGGAACAUUCCUUUGAAUUACCAUUUACAAUGAUGAAUGUAAUUUCCGCAUCAUCAUUCCAUUUGCAGCCAAUCGUUUCUGCUGAAUCAAUUAAAGCUCCUUUGACAAUUGCUACUCCUUCAAUUGAUUUCGGUGUUGCAUCAAUAUUUAAUCCACAAAAUCCACAUUGUCGACCAAUUGUCAGACAAAUUAACUUCAAUAAUGAAGUCAAUCAGAAUUUGCCAUGGCGAAUUGAUACUGAUAAAAUCAAAAAGGAUAAUCCAGUGUUCACUAUCGAGCCAAGUUCAGGUAUAAUGAUUCCAAACCAAACAGCAACAAUUCAUGUUAGUUUCAUGGCAAGAGAAGCACAACCUUAUAUCGUCAGAAUUCCUGUUUUCGUUAAAACUGACAAAGAUAAAGAAGAAUCAAUUGUUGGAGAAAUCCAAUUAAGUGGUGUUGGAACAUUGAAACUCUUCAGUUUAUCCCAAAAUAAUGUUGUUCUUCCGGUUGUUCCUUUAGGUGUUAAAUCACAACAAACAAUUAAUUUAAUUAAUGACGCAUUCAUUGAAUCAACUCUUAAAGUUGAAUAUUCGGCAAGUGAAUCCAAUUUCCCUGUAAAAAUCAAUUUCCCAGAAGGAAAUCAGAUACAACACACUCAACUUUCAAUUCCAAUUGUUGUCACUUUUCAAUCAAAUAAACCAAUGUCAUUUUCCACGAUGAUUGCGAUUGUCGACAACAAUGGAAAUGCAGCAACAUUCUCUGUAUACUGCACAACAGAUAAUUCUUUGUUUACUUUAUAUCCAUUCUUUAGAGGUAAUGAAGUAAACAUCAAAUCUUCGAAAGGAUCUCCAAUUUCUGUUGACACAAAAGUUUGUACAAAAGUUUCUGAUUUAUGUGGUCGCUUUAUUUCCUCAACAGAUAUUCUUAAAUUACUAGAUCCGAAUGAGAAAUGGGAAUCAGCAAUGGACAAGAAGAUGGUCAAUUUCAUGCAGAGAUACAUGAACGCUUUGUUACUUGGAACUCAAUUAUCUGAUUUUCCAAAUGAUUUCCUUAGAAAUGAUUGUCAAUUGAUUUUGGAAUUGAUUUUCAACAUUUCAGGAGGAAGAAGACCAAAUGUUGAUAACUCUGAUAAAGAGAAACCAAAAGAUUCAAUGCAAAAACACUUGGAUCAAAUCAAAAGAAUUUUACAUUUCGUUCAAUCAAUGGGUUGUUUGAUUUCUAAUGUAAGACCAGAAUUUUUGUUGCCAAGAACAGAAUUCUUGUCUUUCAUGAGAAACAAAUUCACCAAACAAUUAUUGGGCAUUGAUUAUUUCAAUGCUCCUGAUAUUAGUUCGUUUGAUCAGAAUGUUAUCGCUGAAUUUACAGCAUCGAAAUCAUUCUCAAACUCAAUCAUGCAGCACAUGAAAGCAGCAGAACAACUCUACAUGGAGUUAACUAAGGAAAGUCUUAUGAUUAUAUUAUUACAAUUAUUUAAGAUUUUCGUUUUAGGAAAAAUUGAUGUAGAACGUCUUAAUCAGAGUCCUGGUGUUGCAGAUGCCACAAAAUCAAUAUCAAACAUCGCUGCAAGAUUCACAAAAAUGGAAGAUGUUGUUUCCGAAAUUUGCCGACCAAACAAAAACUGCCAAUCAUCACCAGUUUUCUCAACAGCAGAAUGUGUCUUGUUAAAAUGGGUAUCAAUACACACCUGCAACCAAUACAAUGACCUCCUUAAAUCAGUGAAUUCCUUCAAUUCAUUGAAUAAUUCCAUUGCUUAUUUGGCUCUUUUGAAAGCACACACGACAAUUUUGAAAAUGCCAUUACCUGAAGUUGUCCAAGACAAUCAAAUGAUGAAUGAAUAUGCUAUUAAUUUCACAUCAUCCCUUAAAGAACUGAAACUUGCUUUCUGUCCAACAGCUGAUGAAAUUUCAGGCGGAUCUCCUCAGAUGCUUGCAAUUAUCACAGCUUAUUUGUUUGAAACACUUCCAAGAUACAUUUCAACAACAACUAUUGAGUAUCAGACGACGAUUCACAAGACAAUUACUAAGUCUAUCAAUAUACAGAACCCAUCCAAAGCAGAGAUAACUUACAGAGCUAAAUUGGAAGGUUCUCAUAAUUACACGAUGCAAAAUGAUUCAAUAACAAUUGCUCCCGGUCAAAAUUGUGAUUUCAAUGUAACAUUCUCUGCAAGAACAAUGAAACCACAAGCAGGAAGAUUAAUAUUGAGUCCACAAAGACCAAGAGUUCUUCAAAAUGAUUCAACAGAGAGUUCUGCUGCAACAAGUCGUUUGUCACAAGAAGCAAGAAUGCCUUCAUUCUCUGCUCCUAUUGUUGUUGAUUUAAUUUCUGAUGUAACAAUCACUUCACCUGACUUUUCACAAACAUUUGAAGGCCAAAUUUAUCAGAAUACUCCAAUCGCUUUACCUGUUAAGAACUACAUUGGUUGCAGAUCAAGAGUAAAGAUCUUUUCAAGAGUUUUCAUGAUCGCAGAUGAAAAUGGAAAACCAUUACCUGCAAUGAGACAGAUUUCUCAACAAAUAAAUGAUAUGAUCAAUGAUCCAAAUGCUGUAAUUGAUGAUGACUUGAAUUCUGCUAAAUCAACAGCCAAAACAGAUAAAAGUAAUCAAUUCAAUUCAUUACUUAAACAGCAUCAAAUUUUCUCUUUCAAUCAAACAGAAAUCGAUUUUCCAAUGGAGAAUUCGAAAGCUCAAUUAGACUUAGAGUUCAUUCCUAUUGCUCUAGGAACAUAUAGAUGCAUUCUUUUGUUCCAAGACAACAACAAUGGAGAGUUUGUCAUAGAAGUCAUUGGAAAAGCAUUACUUCCUCAACCUGUUGAAGCUUGCCAGAACAAAUUCAAAUGUGAAGCGAAUAAGAAAGUCUCUUACAAUUUAUCUAUUGAUACAAUGAAUGUUGGAUUGAUAAGAGCUUUAGCUUAUUCAUCUGAGAAAUCACAGAACAGUUCUUUGUAUUGUUCAGAAAGAAAAUUCAAGGAACUCGUUCAAAGAAGACAACAUGAAUACGAAUCCGUUUACAAACAAUGGUUUUCAAGUAAUGUUUUUACUGUUGUCAACAGUGCAACCCAGUAUUUCGAUAUCGCAAAUGAAGUUACUGUAAACAAAACUAACUUUGGAGAAAGUACAAAAGGAAAUCAUCCAAAUGUUUUGCCAAUAACUUUCAAACCAGUAAAAGCUGGUCAGUAUCCUCUUCAUUUGGUUUUGAACUCGAAAUACGAUAUCAGAUGCUUCGUAAUUAAUGCUGUUGGUUUGGCAGCAACGAAAGAAUUAUCAAUAGAAUUCGCAACAGUUGCAGGAAGAUCUGUUAAACAAGAUGUUCCAUUUACAAAUCCAAGUGAUGAAACAUGGAACUUCAAGUUUGUUAUAAUGGGUGAUUCUUCAUUCAAUGUUCCUCAGAGAUUGUCAGUUAAACCGAACCAAACUGGAAUUAUUUCAAUCAACUUCAAUCCAGGAAAAAUCGGUCAAUACGCUGCAGAAUUACAAGCAACGAACACAACGAAAGAAUCAACAGUUAUUUACAAACUUACAGGUAAUGUUGAAGAACCUCCUGCAGAAAGAAAGAUUUCUAUUAGUUGCCAGGCCAGACAAAGAUAUACAGAGAAAGUUGACAUCAAACCUUUCAUAAGAAAUGGAAAUCUUCAUGUUACAACAACAGUUCCAAUUAUUACAUUUAAUUCAGACAUUUUGAUGGAAAAUGGAUCACCUAAAGAACCAUGGACAUUCACAGUUUUGGCACCAAGAAGUGGUGUUUCCGCUGGAACAUUGACAUUUACUGAUCCUAUCUCAGGAAAUUAUAUUUGGUACAUUGUUGAAAUCCAAGUUUCUUCUCCUUCUCCUGAACAAACAAUCAAAGUUACAACAUUGGCAAGAAAGACAGAAACAAUCAAGAUUCCAAUACAAAACACUAAGAAAGUUGAAGCUUAUUUCAGUGUUGUCUUGAGUGAUGAUGAUUUAUUCGGAGACACAGAAUUCAAAGUUCCUCCACAGUCAACAGCAAAUUACGAGUUGAUUGUUUCACCUCUUAAAGCGAUGGCAAGAAAUUCAUCUGUUUACUUCUAUUCUGAUGACGAUGGAGAAUUUUGGUACGCGAUAAAGAUCAUUGCAACUGAUUCUCCAACAGAAUCAAUUGCUCCAUUAACAAGUCCGAUUGGAAAACACGCAAGUACUUAUAUUUUGUUGGAAAAUCCUUUGUCGAAAUCGACAUCUUUCAGAUACGAAAACUCAAAUCCAACAGCAUUCCACGUAAUGGCGAAGAGAUUAAUAAAUCUUUUACCAUUAGAAAAGAAGAGAAUCGAAGUCAGAUAUAUUCCAACAACAUUAGGAGUCAAAGAAACAACAGAAAUCUCAUUCCACGGAACAGAAUCUGGAGAUUACACUUAUACAUUAUCAGGUACAGGAAAACCACCACAACCUUUGAGUCCGAUCAUUGUCAAUGGAGCAAUGAAUCAGCCAUCCAGUGCUUUAGUUUUGUUUACAAAUCCAUUCCCUUAUCCAGCGAGAUUCCAGAUGAGUUUGGCCAGCGAAAACGAAGGUGAAAUCUUCAAAUUCUUGCUGAAGAAGAAGAAUUUCCAGUUGUCUUCUUUCGGUGAAGAAUUCCAGAUUCCUUUCACUUUCAAUCCAUCUCAAUUAGGACAAUUCUCUGCCCACAUAAUUGUUGCUUACACAGGACCAGCACGUGGACAAAUACAAGAAGGAGAAUUACCAACAAUCAGAUGGAUAUUCUCUGUAAUUGGAAACUCUGUAAGUGUUAAUAACACUGAACUUAAACACAUGAAAUGCAGAGCAAUGGAAAUCGAAAAUGCAGAGAUGACAUUCACUUUAGUUGGAGAAACUGAAAUGUUUGAAGCUUCAGAAUACAGUUUGACAUUAAAUCUUCCUCCUGAAAGCGAUUUCUUAAGAUUUAAUGUCGACAUGAAGCCAAAUGAAGUCCACAAGAACGCAUCAUGCACCGAACUUAUUGUCGGCAUCAAGUUCUCACCACAAAGACCAGUAACAGCUCGUGGUCGCAUAAUAAUCAAGAAUCCUUUGGCUCAAGAAUGGAGUUUCGACAUCCAAUUCACAGCAGAAAGAGGAAAACCAACAGCAACAAUAUCAAUUGAAGCUCCUAUCAAUAAGACAGGAACAGCAAAUGUUGUUAUUCCUGCAGCAUUCAGAGCACAAACACCAUUCCAUUCUUACAUGGUCCAAGGAAGUGCAUGUGAAUUCACUUUGACAGCAGACCACGGAUAUAUUGAAGCAGGUGUUGGAGACCAUACAGACAUGCCAUUCCAAAUCAUAUUCGCACCAAAGAUGUACGGAAAAGUCCUUCAGGGUUUACUUGUAGUUGAUACUAUUGAUUCACAAUACAUCUUCGAAGUUGUAGGUAAAACUCCUGAAUACGUUCCUCCUGUUAUUAAAUCUGGAAGUAGAUUGGGAGAAAUUAAACCAGAAGAGGAAGAAGCAAUUAGAGCAAAGACAGCAUUGAGAGCAAAGAAGAAACCAAACUAUAUAAGAGAGAAUAUCGAAGCUGCUAAGCAUGCAAAAAUUGUUUCACCACAUACACCAAAUCUCAAAUUAUCUUUCAAAUAA